AUGGAUGGUUUUAAUAAAUCAUUAGACGAACUUUUACAUUUUGCAGAUACUCUUAAAUUACGUGAAAAAGAACUCGAACAACAACAUCUUUUAGAAUUAGAAAAACAAAAAACUGAAUAUGAUAUUCAACUUCAAAUUGAAAAACGACGCAUUGAACAACUUCAAGACAUAAAUCGUACAUUAACCGAACAAGUUGAACGUUCUACACAAAAACAAGUUGAUUUAGAACAAAAAUACACAGUCUUACUUACAAAAUAUAAUUGUUUAGUAGAAGAAUCUAAACAAAUAAAAGAAUUACAUAAUGAAAAGAAAACUCGUAUUGAAGAACUUGAAAAAAUUGCUCGAAUGUUAACAAAUGAAAAAACAAAACUUGAUAAUGAAAUAAAACAACUUAAAAUUGAUAAUCAAAUUUUAGAAGAUAAAAUUAAAGAAAUACCACCACCACAACCACCACCACCACCGCCUCCAACACCACAACGUGUACCGGAAGAAUUUAUAAAAUUAGUUGAAAAUGCAGUUGCAGAAAAUAGAGGAUUAAAAAGUUUAGUAAUUGAACGUGAUAAUGAAAUUCAAAAACUUAAUGAACAAUUACAACGAAAUCAAAAUGAAGAUCCACUUAUUGUUGAACAACGUCUUUUACAAUCAAUUACAAAAUUAAAAAAUGAUUUCCGAACAAUGUAUGAAAAUCAAACAAAUUUUUUUCUUCAAAAAAUUGAUCUACUUAAACAAGAACAACGUGAUAAUAUAGCUAGUCUUUAUAAACAUUAA